AUGCCGGGCAGUCAAGCCAAGAUAAAAAGGGCCAGAGAUAAUAAAGGAAACAAUCGCACUGGGAACAAGGAUUGGGUACAGUACCUAGAGUGCGAGAAGUGUAAGAAGCGCCACCAAGGUGAAUGUCAGGCAAACACAUGUUAUAGUUGUGAUAACGAAGGACACAUUAAGAGGAACUACCCACAGAAGAGUCAGGAAGAGGUCAAAGAGCAAUAUAAGAAGGACGAUAAUUUGGUUCCAGAACCUGUGUUCGCUCUCACCAAGCCUCAGGCAGAAGCAAGCACUUAUGUGGUCUCAGUAAAGAUUUUUAUUGCUGGAAUUGAUUGUCAUGUUUUAAUUGAUUUUGGCGCCACUCAUUCAUUAGUUGCUAAGAGAAUAGUGGAUAGAUUUAAUAGGCCUUAUGAGAUGCAUACUAAGGGGUUUGGGACCGUGUUACCAACUAGGGAGGUGGUAAUAUAUAGGAAGUGGAUUAGAGCCUUGCCUUUGAGGGUAGAUGGUAGGGAGCUAUCUGUAGAUUUGAUUGAGCUGAGUAUGAAUGAUUUUGAUGUAAUCCUCGAGAUGGAUUGGCUGACGAAGUACAACGCUACCAUUGAUUGUAAGAAGAAAAUGAUGGUGUUUAAGCCCGACAGAGAUGAGCUUUUUGCGUUCGUGGGGACAACAAUGGGACUACGGAUUCUAAUCAUUUCAAUGUUGGAAGCUACGAAGAUGUUAUAG